UCUGGUUUGUGUUAGUUCGAUCGACCCAGAACAGAUUAUUUAAUUAUUUUGACAUUUCGUUCGCUUGUAUUAUUAUAUUUGUGACGUUUUGCGUACCCAACCCACUCGCUUUACAGUAUAUAAAUUAAAAAUUAUACUUUUUUUUCCCAUAAAUAUCACAAUAAUGAACUGUUUAUUGGUCAAAUCACCCGGUCCGUCCGGUAAACCAGUGGUCACUAUUACGGCGAGUGCGGCAGCGAGCGUAACGGCAGCGGCAAAGGCGGCGAUGAGCAAUGCAUUGAAAGACAACGAGCAGAUAAAUGACGCCGUGAGCAAAGUUUUGGGUGGAUACGAUUGGACUCUAGUGCCAGUUCCUGCCAAACCUCCUACAGAGAAGAAAAAUUAUCAUGUAAAGAGACCAAUGAAUGCUUUUAUGGUGUGGGCUCAAGCAGCACGUCGCAAGCUUGCCGAUCAGUAUCCACAGCUGCACAACGCCGAACUCAGCAAAACGCUUGGUCAAUUGUGGAGACUUUUGAGUGGUGAUGAUAAACAACCGUUUAUAGAAGAGGCUGAAAAACUGCGUGUGCUCCACAAGAACCGAUAUCCCGAUUAUAAAUAUCAACCACGUCGGCGCAAGGCUGCUAAAGGCAUUCCAAAGAUACAGGACAAAUCAAAACAUGACAAAUCUGAAGCAAACGAUUCUCAGUACCAACGUCAUUCAAAACACGACGCGUCAAUGCAUUGUAACAGCACCACUAGUAGUCGUCCGAUUAAACAAGAAAUGAUUCCUGCCAGUUCAUCGUCGACCAGUAGUAGUAGUCCAUCCGGUUCAGCACCAGAACCACUGACUCCUCCUACUACUCCAAACUACUACCCAGCCAAGCCCAAAAACGGCUAUUGCAACACUACGCACACUAUUUGUUAUGGUGGAGAAACGGGUGAAUCUGCGAUAGAUUACAGUCUAGAUUUUGGUCGCAUGGACGAUCUACCGGCGGUGGAGGCUAUCGGAGCUGACAUGGUGGACAGUUCGGAACUGGAUCAGUACCUAACGAUGAGCAACCAAUACCCAUCCACGUCAAGCAGUUGUGUUGACCCUGCAGAACAGUAUUAUUAUCAUGCCAGGUAUCAUGAAUUGCAGCCGAACACGGCCAAGCCACAUUUUUCGGUACAUCAAACGUCAUACCAGCCGUCUUAUCAGUACGUCGUCAACAACUAUAAUAACUAACUUCAAUAUUUAUACUAUAAUAUAAUAUAAUGAUAUAUAUUAUAUUUAUAUAUUUUGUAUUUAUUGUAUUCAGGUACUAUUUUAUGUGUAUUAUUUUUUUUAUUCGUGUGUAAAAUACUCAUAGAAUAUUUUUUAGUUGUUUGUCGGUAAAAAUUGUAAACGCAACAUUAGAUGAUAAUAAUAUAGUGCAUGGAGAGCAUGACAUAUUAUUUUUCUGUAGCCACAAUAACCGAAUAUUGGUAUGACUGAUAUUAUAAUAAUGAGAAAUAUUUUUUUAAGCGUUUUAAAAAAAUUUUAAUUAUAAAAACUAUAUUUUUAAGUAGGCACCUACUUAAAUAAUAAUAUAAUAUUUUUAUCUACUCGAUAAUAAUAAUAUAUACGAGUAUGUUGCGACUAAAACUUUUGUAUUCAAAUAGCAUUUUAAAUAUUAAUUUAGAUAUAUAAUGUAAAUUAAAAUAUGUGUAUCGAGUUAUUUUUGUUUUAUAUUUUCAUCAAUAAUUAAAUAUCACCAACUUUCUCACGGAAAACGUCAAUAACCUCAUUAGUUCCAAUAAUGCGUCUCCUACGCAUUAAAUAUUUAGAUAAGGGCGAAGUUUUGAAAUUAUUCAGGGGCUGUGGGAGUUUUUAUGUAUGAGAACAAAAUUUUUAUACAAUGAUCAUUAACUACAUCGUACAUGAGUUUCACUGUUGUCUAAUGAUAACAUGCAUGUAUAUAAUAUAAUAUUAUUCAUUGCUUGUAACGAAUUAACAUUUCUUGUUAAUUAUUUUUCAUAUUGAUAAAAAUGAUUAUUUUUCUAUACGUGUAUAGUAUUUAGUUUGGGUUUUCAUGGGAAAUAAAAAAAUAAUAUCAAUUUGUUUAUCAAGUUAAUUUUUAAACAUAACAAAAAUAAGUUAAAAUGUGUAAUGUGUAUAAUAUUAUUAGGUACCUAUACUAUAUAUAUAUAAUAUAUUUUACAGUUCAGCGGUUCUCAGCCUUUAUAUAUUAUAAUAUGAUAUAUGUUAUCUGGGAUCUACACGUCAUAUUUAAGGUUUGCACGUAUCGCUAGAAAGUAUACAAUGUUUAAUAGGAGCGUUAAUAAUAAUUCGAAUUUUUUUCUUAAAGUCACGUGGCGUUUAUGUAAUACCAGUUGAGAACCGCUGGUGCCUGCAGGUGUGAUGUAUACAUAUUGCAUGAUAAAAAUUAUCUACCUAUCUGCACUAUAUACAAUAUAUAUACAUGAUGAAACUUAAAAUGUUAUGUUUUAAAUUCACUUGAGAAAAAAGUAAUUUAAAUAAUAUGUAUAAAAACUGAAAGUUUAUUGUGGGGAGGGGGGACUGCUAGGUAUUAUAUAUGUAAGAAAUAUUAUUAUUAUUACUAUUAUUAUUAUUAUUAUUAUUAAUUUAUUAAUUUAUUACUCAUUGCGCCUAUACAACAAUAAUAAAUGCGUCGUUUGUUUAUUAUAUUUUAACAAUUGUUACAAAGUCAUAGAAUGGUUUUUCUUUGAAAAUUUCAGAAUUAUGCGUCUUUAAGUGACCCACUUAUAGAUUUUAAGCCAGCCUCAAUAUAGGAACAACUCUCCUCUUUCCCAGAAAACAUAAUAAUUAUUAUAUUAUAAUGGGAUAAGCAUAAGCUAACCAUAAUUAGUUAAUUACCACCGCUAAUAUUUCCAUUUCAAUCAGAUUUAAAUCCUUGCUAAUAAUCCAAAAUGCCACUUAUAUUAUACCUAGGUACAUUAUAUUUAAGGUAAUAGCCAUUUUUAUGCAUCAAUAUUUAAUAUAUUAGCGAAAACAUGACCCAUAAUUUUUUUCCCUCAUUAAAAAUAUAUAUUUUAUCAAGAAUUCUUGCAUACGACCGGUCUUAAAUUUAAACUUGGUACUUAAAUUUACAAUUAACGUUUUCAUUUUUUUUAAAAAUAAAUUUAAUAAUCCUUUGAACACUAUAACUGAUAAUAGUUGUUUGAUUAUGAUUAAUAAUGUGUUAGGUUUAUACGUUAUUAUUUUAGAUAUAGCUGGUUAGAUUAUUAUUAUUACAUUUUUAAUUUAUUUAAUACGCUUAUAAAAUAAUUUAUAUUAUGUAUUUAAAUUUGUAUUUUUCAAGAUUACAUUUAAAAAUAAAUUUUUUCAAAAAUUGUACUUUUAUUAUUUAUGUAUUUUUAAGACUAAAAAAAUGUAAAGCUUUUAAGUUUAAAAAUGUUAAUUUUAAAUUUAUUUUUUAAGUAUUACAUUUAAUUGAUUACAAAUAUUGGGGAGAUUCUUUUAGAAUGAGACGUCUUACAAAUAAGAUCAAAUAUGAAUAAUAUUUAUUGAUUGAAGUCCUUUAAUUAGGCUUACACAAAUAAUAAUAUUAACCUCAUAUUUGUAUGUCUUAUACUUAUUUAAAUAAAGUAUAGAACCGUGGUGAAUUUAUGAUAGUCAUAAAGAAUUUUUAUUAUCAUUAAAUUAUUGCUUUUAUAAUUUAUUUUCAAUAAUGUUACAUUAAUUAGUCUUAUAUAUCACUAAGGCGCUUAUAAUUGUAUCUUUAAUACUUAAGUGACAUAAUAUUGUUCUUAUUACUUCAUAAU